CCGCCGUGGUCUGCGUCUUGGGGAAACCAUCUCCUGAGCAGAGCCCUGGCAGACCACACCAGACCAGACCUUCAUCCCAGCAUGAGGAAGGCUGCCAGCACUGUUGUGCUGCUUGCCCUAGCACUUUCCCACUUCUCAGACGGUGCUCUUGGAUCAGAGCUGAAUUGCAGUCAGUACUCCCGGGUCGCAGCGAAGGAUGGCAAAGAGCUGAUUGUCUGCCCUCGGCACCUGGAACCAGUCUGUGGCACAGACGGCGUCUCCUACAGCAACGACUGUGGGAUCUGUGUCCAUAACUCAAAGCACGAAGCAGACAUUGGUGUAAGACACCAGGGACAAUGCCAGCAGGGGCUGCUCCCGGAGGACUGCAGCAAGUACCCGUCCCGGACGACCAAGGAUGGCAAAGUACUGGUAUUCUGCCCUCGGAUCUACAGUCCCGUCUGCGGCACAGACGACGUCUCGUACAGCAGCCUCUGUGAGAUCUGUGCCCAUAACCUAGAGCACGGGGCACACAUUGGCAAGAAGCAUGAUGGAGAGUGCAAGAAGGACAUCCAGAAGCUCAAUUGCAGCCAGUACCUCAGUAGCGCUGAGCAAGGGACAGCCUGUCCGCUCAUCCUGGAUGAAGUGUGUGGGACGGACGGUGUCACGUAUGCCAGUGAAUGCACGCUGUGCGCUCACAACCGGGAACAUAGGACCAGCAUUGACGUCAAGCACGAUGGGACAUGCAAGCCAGACUUUGCUCCGGUGGAUUGCAGCCAGUACCCCACCACGAUUUCUGAAGAAGGAGACACGCUUAUAGGCUGCCCAAGGAUCCUGAAGCCUGUCUGCGGCACGGAUGGCAUCACCUAUGACAACGACUGUGCGAUCUGUGCCCACAACGUAAAGCAUCGUGACGCCAGCAUCAGCAAAAAGCACGAUGGGCCUUGUGAACCGGAGACUUCAAAGCUUGACUGCAGCAAGUACCCCCAGGCAACCACCAAGAACGGCACGGUGGUGGUGGCCUGCCCAAUGAUCUACAACCCGGUCUGUGGCACGGAUGGGAAAACGUAUGCCAGCGAAUGCGCGCUGUGCAGCCACCAACUGGAAGUGCUGCAGCUAAUCCUCGACUCCCCAGCCAUGAGCCACAGGAAGGCCGAGCUCAAGGUUGACAUAAAGCAUAGCGGCCUGUGCCUGGAGGACCUUCCCAAGCUUGAUUGCAGCAAGUACCACCACAUAACCACCGAGAGCGGCAUGGCACUUGCCUGCACAAUAUUCUACAGCCCGGUCUGCGGCACGGAUGGGAACACGUAUAACAGCGAAUGCACGCUGUGUAACAACAACCUGUACGCCAAGCCCAGGGUUGAAAUACAGCAUAUCGGCCCGUGCGCGAAGGACCCUCCCAAGGAUGACUGCAGCAACGUCCGUGAAACCACUCCGAGCUGUGCCGUGCUGUACCAGCCCCACUGCGGCUCUGACAACCAGACAUACGGGAACCGAUGCUUUUUCUGCAACGCGGUCAUCGAAAGCAGCAGGACUCUCACCUUGAGCCAUUACGGCGAAUGCUGAAUCCUUACUGGCACCGAUUCACACGAGGACCACCGCGCCGCCCCUUGGUCCAUCCCGUCUCCCCCUCGGCAGAUACCACACGAAGUCCUCGCCUCGGCUCAUCUUGGACCCUGAAGGACUUGCGAUCCUUGUAGGCUUGUUGGUGCAAUAAAAUAAAACAGAGUC